AGCCAUUUUGGCUGAAGCCGGCUGCGGGGCUGGGUCGGCGCGCGUCCCGUUCGCGCGACACCUGGGCCUGGCAUGGCGACGGUCGACGGCCGCUCCCGCAUGGAGGCUCUGGCACCGCUGGUUCGCGCGGCUGUCGCUGGAGCCGCCGAGGGCGGCGGAGGGCGCCACCUCGUGGCGGCGGCGGCGGCGGCGGCGAUCCGCGCGGGCGUGACCCUGCUCGAGGCGCCGCUGGAGACCGCCGUGGACAAGGACGUCGCGGUGCGCGAGGCGUUGGCACGCCCGCGCCUCCGCAUCCAGGUGGCGGCUGGGCUCGAGGGCUCCGAGCCCCGAGCCUCGGGCAACUGGGCCUUGCACAACGACUUCGGAAAAGGCGCCGACGCAGCGCCUGACUCACCGCAGGAGGCCAAGCGCAGGGCCCGCGGCCCGCGCAAGAGAGGCCGCCGCAGGGUUGGCUCAGCGAUGUCGACCGACUCGUCGGAGAAGGUCGGGACCUCGCACACGGCGGACGAGCUGUCGGAGCAGGCCAACGCUGGCUCGACGGGGGCCGUCAAAGACAACGACGUAGGCGACGACAUGACCCUCGGGCACGUGGUGGUGGAGCUCUGCACGGAGAAGGCCUUCGUGGGCCUCAACACGACGAGCGACCAGGAACUCGUCGACCGCCCGAUGGAGCCCGAUGCGAAGCUGGAGUCAGCUUGGAGGAGGACCUCACCCAGAAGACCCUCGUCCUGCACGCCGCGGCAGCGACCGUCGCGAAGAUCGAGGACGACCUGGCCGCGGCCAUGAAGGCGGCCAACAUCGCCACCCACGAUAUGCUCGUGGUGCAGAAGCUCAUCAAGGAGAGGGGCUACGACGCCGUCCAGCCCGGCGCUCUCGGUGCUCCUGAUGGGCUUCGUGAUCCUCAGCGGGUGGGCACCCGUUAACAGCCCUCCGGAUGUCUUCGGCGGUUUCCUGGUCGUCGCGCUGCUCGUCGGCACGCUCGCUUCCGGUCCACGCGGCACCCGUCGGCCUGUCCAUGGACCUGUUCGGCGAGGGCCUCGUGUGCCCGUGCGUUCGGACUUCCGUUCUCCGUCAUUUGGAAUAGCUCUG